AUGCAGUCAGCAGCACCAUCGUGUCAGUGUGGCUUUCCAGAGGCUCUCCCCAAAACAAAUGACAGGGGACGUGUGGGUUUCAAGCACGGCAGCAACUUUUGGCAAGAUUCAGCACUGAACAGCAGCACCUUCGGAGCAGAGUCUGUCGAGCCGAGUCUGGGAUCCUUCAGCACCACGGACAGCAGCCGGCGAUUCGCAUUUUGCAUCAUGCAGGCGGCGGAACGUGCCGCUCCUCUGGGCGAAGAAAACAAAUCCUACGCUUCUACUCAAUGGGUCCACGUUCACUCUGGGAAGCUCUCCGUAGACGGAAGGUAUUUUCUAAAUUACCCAUAA